CCUCCACGGGUUGCUCCCUCGCUGAUUGGCUUUCCCGCCUGUCACUCAAGAGCUGCAACCAAUCGUUUGUUUUUGUCCUUUACGUCGCUGUGGAAGACAAGAACGCGCUCGCCGGCACCCGUCUUCCAACAUGUCGGCUUCUUGCGUGUUCCCCAUGUGUGCGCGAGCGAGCCGGGGCCUCCUGAGGCUCCGCAACGGUACGCCGGUCGCGGUGGACGUCGCGCGUCUACUGUCCACGGAUAAACCGGCGGCCGGGGACGACAGCGCGACGGGGGGCCUGGCCCGGGCGAUACUCCAGCAGCGGCUCCAACAGCAGAGUCAGGGCCAGCCUCCUCCUGCAGAGGGCGCGGAAGGUGCGGGGGGUGGAGGCGACAAGAAGCAGAAGGAGAACACGGCGUACGCCAAGAAGAUGGUGCUCAGGCUGGCGGGCCUCAUGGGCCUGGGUGGCGCCGUCAGCGUCGUCUACAUAUUUGGGACCAAUUCAGUGGACGAAGAAGGAAACCAGAUUCCCGAUGAGUUCGACAAAGGAAGAGCUUCCGGAAGACUGGAAUACGACUGCCAAGAACCGCCAGUGGUCCAGCAACUGAAGAGAACUGUCAAGUACUUCCAGGACUACAGACAGAUGAUCAUCGAGCCCACCAGUCCCAAACUGUUGCCAGACCCAGUCAAGGAGCCGUACUACCAACCUCCGUACACGCUAGUCCUGGAGCUCACGGAUGUCCUGCUGCACCCUGAGUGGUCGCUGGCAACCGGGUGGCGCUUCAAAAAACGUCCCGGCAUCGAUUACCUGUUCCAGCAGCUGGCGCCGCUCUACGAGAUCAUCAUCUUCACCGCGGAGACCGGCAUGACGGCGUACCCUUUGAUUGACGGCAUCGACCCGCAGGGUUUCGUCCUCUAUCGUCUCUUCAGAGACGCCACCCGCUACAUGGACGGACAUCACGUCAAGGACGUGUCGUGUCUGAACCGCGACAGCAGCAAAGUCAUCGUGGUGGACUGCAAGCGCGAAGCCUUCAGUCUGCAGCCCUUCAACGGGAUGGCGCUCAAGAAGUGGGACGGAAACUCGGACGACCGCACGCUCUACGACCUCGCCAACUUCCUCAAGACCAUCGCGCUGAGCGGCGUGGACGACGUGCGCUCCGUCUUGGAGAACUACGCGACGGAGGACGACCCCGUCGACGCCUUCAAGCGCCGGCAGGCCCAGCUGGCCCAGGAGGAGGAGCAGCAGCAGCAGCAGCGGGUGGGCGAGUGGUCGCAGCAAAAGAAGUCCGGUUUGUCUCUGGGCUCCAUCGCGUCGCGCUUUUGGCGCUCCAAGCAGCAGUGAGCGAGCCAAGAAGCGCUUGCUCGCUCUACUCGGGGUGACCGGAACUCUCGCCGGCCCCUCCCCCUGGGCAGAACGCAGCUUCCGAUCGGACGGAAACGGAGGCGGUCCGGCGGAGUUCCGCGCCGAGUCGCCCCGUAAGGUCUGACCCGAGAUCUACCGAACUACUUCGAGGGCGGCGCGUGACCGCUUCCUGUCAUGUCUUGUUUUUCUUUUCUAUUUAUGAGCUUUGGUUUCUUCCUUCCUGUCUCGUUGUUCUUCUCUCGCUUGCGGUCGCAGAUCGCGUGAUCGAUGUGGACGUCGUACGCCGAUUUCUUCAAUUAAAGAAACCAAUCAACAA